AUGAAAUACAAGCAUCAUCGCGUCGUCGGAAUGUAUUCACUUUUUAAACCAGUUUUGUUGAUCAAUGAUCCCGAGCUUAUUCGUACGGUGCUUACAAAGGAAUUCGGAAGUUUCCAUGACCGCGGAUUGUACUGCAACGAAAAGGUCGAUCCAUUGUCCAACCAUCUGUUUCUUAUAUCUGGAAAGAAAUGGAGAAAUAUGCGCGUCAAGAUGACGCCCACUUUCACUUCGGGAAAACUAAAGCAGAUGUUUUCGCUCCUAAAAGAGUGUGGCGAUGAACUCGCAAACUAUCUGAAGAGUAAAGCACAGAUAAAAGAUUCCAUCGAGAUAAAAGAUAUGUUUGCAAGAAUAGAAACUGCUUUAUUAGCAGUAGGAACAACUGUAAGUAAACUUACUAUGGUGGAAGCUACUGCACAAAGUUAUAUUUUUUUCUUAGCCGGAUUUGAAACAAGUUCGACGACAGCCACGUUCGCUCUAUACGAAUUAGCUCAGCAUCAAGAUAUACAAGACAAAGUUUGCAAAGAAAUUGAUGAAAUAUUAGCAAAAUAUGGUGAUUUGACUUACGAUGCUGUGAAUGAAAUGGCGUAUCUUCAUAAAGUAAUAAAAGGUAUGCGAUUUGGCUACAUGCAAACAAAAGUUGGAAUCGUGAGUCUUCUGUCGAAAUACCGUUUCAAACUCCAUUCCCGGACUCAAGUUCCUAUUACUUUCGACGAAAGAAAUCCUCUUCUUUCACCGAAAGGCGGUAUAUACUUGAUUAUCGAGCCACGAUAA